CUGUCCAACUACACCCGGUUAUUUUUAGGCUACACUAUACAGUCACACCGUCGCGAAUGUAACGCAAUAGCUGCUAUAACAUUAUAAGCCAUAAUAACCCAUAAGGUCGCCAUACCAUAAUCGGCUGAACAGAUUUAGGCAAGCCUGCGGUCAUGUUAUUUAGAUUCGGCGUCAUUCUCACUCCGGAGUCCUCGGAGGUCGACGUCUUUGUUUUGGGUUCGCGUGCUGAAAUGGGGAACUGGGACCCGAACAGAGCGGUUCGGAUGAAAGCCACACAGAAACUCCCGUCACCCGCAGAACCGUGUCUGUGGAUCGGUGAGGUGCACCUAGCCGAGCCCCACAGAGACACACUGUGGUUCAAGUUCAUCCAAAGAGUCAGAGGCACCUUUAUCUGGGAAGGAAGCGGGCCGAGCCAUGACAGAUGGUGUACAUAUGAUGAUAAGAAUGUGGUGGAUGGCGUGUACUGCCACCCGAUCGGCCACUGGAUAGAAGAAACGGGGCACACAGAUGAGAUGAGGCACACCACCAACUUUUACUUCAGUGUGGCUGGUCAGAAGGCCAUGCAUUUCUCCAGGGUGCUGCCACGUAUUUGGCUGGGCAGCUGCCCUCGACAGGUGGAACACGUGACAGUAAAGAUGAAGUAUGAACUGGGAAUCACUGCAGUGAUGAACUUCCAGACAGAGUGGGAUGUGGUGAACAAUUCCUACGGCUGCCGGCGUAACCCCGACGAAACCAUGACCCCAGAGACCAUGAUGCAUUUGUACAGAGACUGUGGCCUUGUGUAUGUGUGGCUGCCCACACCGGACAUGAGCACUGAGGGCCGGAUCAGGAUGCUUCCUCAGGCUGUAUUCUUGCUUCAUGGUCUCCUAGAGAAUGGCCACACAGUCUAUGUCCACUGUAACGCUGGAGUGGGGAGGUCGACUGCAGCUGUGUGUGGCCUGCUCAUGUAUGUCCUCGGGUGGACCCUGAGGAAGGUGCAGUACUUUGUAGCAGCAAGGAGACCAGCAGUGUACAUCGAUGAGGAAGCUUUAGUCAAAGCUGAGGCAGACUUCCUUCAAAAGUUUGGCCGGCUGCGCUCAUCUAUGUCUGACCCUGAAACAUGAGAUCCGAGUGGCUUUGUGCUUGAAAUCUGAAGCUGAAUCCUUUGGACUUUCUGAGAAAUAAAAUGAUUGAAAACUCAAAACAAUUCUUGAUGUGCAAAAUUUUAAAAAUUAAAAUCUGUAUCUCGACUUUAAUCCAAUGUAUCACUUCAGCCCAAGUAUCUGAGAGUGUUCUGGCAGCAGAAAUGUCAAUCAAUCCAACUGGUGUGUGAGCUUUUAAAAGCUGGGGUAAGCAGCAUGUUUUUGGCGUCACUGGGCAAAUAAUCCCAUCUAGGCUUUCGGCGUAUUGUAUUUUAAAUGUUCUUAAGAGGUACUCGACUCCUGCUCCUCCACUGGGCUCUUUUUUCAGGCUUCAAAAACAUCUAGUCUGUUAUGGGACCUUAAAAAAAAGCAGAAAGGUUAUAAAGUCUUAAUAGGAAUCAAAGUGUGGCGGUUCAGUGGGUACUUUUUAUACCACUGACUAAUCUUCUGCUGUAUGAAUAUCGUGCAUACACCCAUGCUCAUCUGGUUGGAGGGGAUUGGAGAGAGAUGACAGCUGCAGGAGGAGAUGUGGCUUUUAAAAAAAAUCUGGCUCCCCCUCAUUCAGGGCCUUAACUCAGCCUUCAAAAAUAUACACAUGUCCACAUGGGUGCUUGUAAAGGCCUUUUCUUUUAAUGCUUUUUGAAGUUUUAAUGAACAAACAAAGCUGAUGUUUUGAGCAAACAUUAGGUGAUCUUUUAAAAGUUUAAUGCAACUAAAUCGCAGGAACUAUGCAGGUUGAUAUUUCUCAUUUCCUGCGUGCAGGAAAUAGGUCAAUUAUUAAGAGAAACAUACAUUUUCUGUGUUGUUUUGUGUUUGUUUGUUUUUUUUUGUCAUUUCUGAGAAUCUCUUCUUUCUUUUCAGAAAGGAAAUUUGUAAUUUCCCAGGUUUUAGAGAUGGAACUUAAUGCUGCAUGAAAAUGACUCUGUGCCAAAGCUACAAAUGAAAAUUUAAAACUAAUAUAUCAAUAAUGUCUCUCCCUGUGUGUAUGAGAGGAACUCAGCUCUCGGGCAUCAAAGAAUAUAGCUCGUUCUCUCUCUCACUCUGAGCGCUUGAUAGCAUUUCAUGUUUUAUUUACCUGACAGAUGCUCUUCCAAUCAUCUGCUGAAUAAGAAAAAAAACAUCUCUUCUAGACCGUUUUAAUGCAUACAUAACAGCCCAUUAAGACACGGAGCAUUAUUUGUUGUCAUUUCUGAACAUUUGACUACACUGUUAUUGUGACGAUGCUGCAUUUGCUUUUCUUCAGAAGAUGUUUUUGUUAAGAAAAUUAGUGAAUUAGAAUAUCAAAGAUUUCUUCCCUCUAGCACAAAUCUGUAUACUUUUUUUAUUAGUUUCUGUGAGUCUCUGCAGAAGGCAGCACCAUUAUGAGGGGAUCAGCGGGGAUGGGUGGGUGGAUAGAGCUAAGCACCUGUGCUAUUCAAAGUGAAUCAUCACGGUUUUCUAAAGAUCUAAAAAUAUUCACAAAACUGAACAUGAAGGAAAAUGCUUUUCUAUAUUUAUUUUCAGUUUUUUUGUUUUCUAAGGUAUCAACAUUGAUUUGACAGAAAAUCAUGUGUUAUGUUUGUGUGCAUCUUAUUGUAUGAACAGUAUAUUAGUAGUGUUGGGCUUGCCAUGUCUUAGAUAUCAAAGUAGCUGAUAAACAUCCUGUAAUUAUUGAAAUGGAUUACUGUCAAUGAUUGAUCACAAAGCAUCUGAACACCAUAUGAUUUGCUGUUGCAUGAAGUUGCAUUCAAAUUCAAGUACAGAGACGAUUUGCAACUGACACAGAACAUUUAAAAAAUGAAAGAAAAAAACCCCGCCAGUGCACCAACACUUGUGUUGUGUCUAUUAUUUUGCCCUGCAAUAGCUGUGCAUGGCAUCAGCUUGUAUAUACUCUCUUUGCUCGGUCUUCUAGAUCCACUUCAUGCUGAAAGCGUCACAGAUCAUUGCUUUUCAUUUCCUUCUGCAGUUUACCCUCUGUUUUUUAUGCCUUCAUGGAUCAACUGAGACCGACAAUGUCUUCUAUUUUAUCUUUACUGUAAAUUGAAACAUUAAUAAUAAAACUGAGCAGUCAUU